AUGUCCAGUGCUUCUGUAACAGAGCCCGUCACCGUCUGCGAGACGACGAAAUGGUGGCACAAGUGGAGCUGGUAUGAGCGAGGCACGCCCGAGAAGGAGAAAGUCCUACUUCGGAAACUCGACUUUAUGAUCUUGGUAUUUGGGUGCCUGACCUUUUUUACCAAGUUCCUCGACCUUCAGGCCUUCCAAAAUGCCUAUGUCAGCGGCAUGAAAGAGGAUAUUGGCAUGGUUGGCAAUGACUUGCAAUACACGACCGGUGUCUUCCAAGCAGGUUACUGCGCUGCUAUGAUUCCCUCCAAUAUCUUGCUGACCCGAGUCCGACCCAAUGUCCUCAUCCCCAUCUUUGAGAUUCUUUGGGGCGUUCUCACACUUCUGACGGCUUUCACCAAGACGGUUUCUCACGUUUACAUCAUUCGGUUCUUCAGCGGCAUUUUCGAGUGUGUUGCUUAUCCUGGUGUGAUAUACUGUAUUGGAUGCUGGUACAAACGGAACGAGAUCGGCAGACGUCUGAGUUUGUUCUAUGUGGCCGGACCCCUUGGUACUAUGUUUGCGGGAUACUUCCAAACCGCAUGCUAUACCAACCUUAACGGAGUAAACGGUCUUGCAGGCUGGAGAUGGCUCUUCAUAAUCUGCGGCUGCAUCACCCUCCCCGUCGCCAUCCUCGGCGCUGUCGUCUUCCCCGCCCGUCCAGACUCCGAAAACCCCUCCUGGCUUCUCACCGCGGACCAAAUCGCCCUCGCCCGCCGUCGCGUCAAUGAAGGCGGUGCCAAAGCCCCCAAGAUCAAGCUUACGACCGAGACCUUCGCCAAGAUCUUCCGCAGCUGGCACUGGUUCGCCUUCGUGGCGCUUUACUACGUCUUCAACCAGUCCAUGAUCACCAAUGGCCAGCCUUUCAAUCUGUACCUCAAGGCACACAGCGAUGUGUACUCAAUCAGCCAGAUUAACAACUUGCCUACGGGCCAGUCGGCUGUUUCUAUCGUCACGGCGCUGACUUGUUGCUACUGGGCUGAUGCUACGGGGAAGCGCUGGUUGCCGUCUAUUUUCAUCUGCGGAUUUAUGACCGUGGGGAGCAUCUGCAUGGCUGUGUGGAACAUCCCAGUCGGUCUCAAGUUCUUCGCCUUUUACGUCGCUGGUCUCGGAGGCGCGCUGAACCCGCUUUUCAUGGCUUGGGCGUCGGAGGUGACGUUCAAAUCGGCUGAGGAGCGCGCGGUUACAGUGGCGUCGAUGAAUGCCAUUGGGCAGGCCCUGUUGGCGGGUCUCAACAUCGUCACGUUCCCGACCCCGUCUGCGCCGAGAUUCCAGUUUGGGUGGUACUGGGUUAUGGCGAACAACAUUGCCCAGUGUGUGCUCGUUGUGGUAAUCAUGUAUCUGCACAAAAGGGAGACGAGUCGUGAGAUCCAGGUAUUCGAGGGAGAGGUCUGGGACGAGGGGAAUGGGGAUGAUAUCAAGAAAGUUGCCACGAAGGACUUGGACAGUCGUGGGGAGGCUGCCUCUUACCGGGGAGAAUCCUGA